AUGGCCGGCCAAGUGAUGGGCGAUGCCUUUCACGCCCUGCUUCGUACGUCGCUCCCUACCCUACCGGCAUCGCGCAUGUCAGGGCGAGCGACCGAAGACACCGACCCUGAUGAUGCUCCCGAGGCGGGUUCCAAGGAGAUUACAAGCUCCUGGGCGCUGUUUAUCAUGAUCAUGCUGUUGAUGUUCGCCCUGUUCACAAGCUAUAUCCUCCAGCAGAGGAAGAUCCAGGCGGUCCACGAGACGGUUCUGUCAAUUUUUGCGGGGAUGUUCGUCGGGCUGAUCAUUCGCUUGACCCCGAAAUCCCACAUCCAGGACAGCGUCGCCUUCGACUACCAGUUCUUCUUCAACCUUCUCCUCCCACCGAUUAUUUUAGCCUCGGGCUAUGAGCUCCACCAAUCGAAUUUCUUCCGCCAUAUCGGCACCAUCCUCACCUUUGCCUUUGCCGGCACCUUCAUCUCCGCUAUCGUGCUGGGGCUUGUCCUGUUUAUCUGGACGCGCGUUCCGCUGGACGGGCUGAAUAUUAGCUUCGUUGAGGCCAUCUCCGUCGGCGCUACGCUUUCUGCCACGGAUCCGGUCACGAUCCUGGCCAUUUUCAACCUCUACAAGGUCGAGCCCAAGCUCUACACGGUGAUCUUUGGCGAAUCGAUCCUGAACGAUGCUGUCGCCAUUGUGCUGUUCGAGACGGCUCAGAAAUAUGCUGAGAGCGAGGCCGGGUCUCUGAGCUUCUUGAACCUUUUUGAGGCUAUCGGGCUCUUCCUGCUCGUUUUCUUUGGUAGCAUGUUGGUCGGUGUUGUCACUGGUAUCGCAACCGCGCUGGGUCUCAAGUAUACCCUUGUGCGGCGCGUGCCCAAGAUUGAAAGUUGCUUGAUCAUUCUUACCGCCUACGCCAGCUACUUUUUCUCCAACGGCGUGUACUUGUCCGGCAUUGUGUCGCUCCUUUUCUGCGGCAUCACACUAAAGCACUACGCUUACUACAACAUGUCCCGCCGCACGCAGUUGACCACCAAGUAUCUCUUCCAAGUCAUGGCGCAGCUCUCCGAGAACUUUAUCUUCAUCUACCUGGGACUUGACUUGUUUGUCGAGGCCAAUCUCCAGUUCAACCCGCUGUUUAUUCUAGUGGCGGUUUUCGGUAUUUGUCUCGCGCGCUACCUUGCAGUCUUCCCGUUGUCCAAGGCCAUCAACUGGUUCAUCCGAUACAAAGCGCGUCGUCGUGGCAUGGAAGUGGCUGAUGAGUUGCCGUUCUCAUACCAGGCAAUGCUCUUCUGGGCUGGAUUACGUGGUGCCGUCGGUGUAGCGCUGGCCGCGGGCCUGACGGGUGUCAACGCGCCGGUACUACGGGCCACGGUCCUGGUUGUUGUCGUGUUGACCGUGAUUAUCUUUGGAGGAACCACUGCUCGCAUGCUGGAGAUCAUGGGCAUUCGGACCGGCGUGGUCGAAGAGGUCGACUCUGACGACGAGUUUGACAUUGAAGUCACCAACGGAGGCACCUACUACAAGCGCUCGGGUGGAUCUCUGGGUUAUAUCCCGCGUCGUGUCGACUCGACCAUCCCGCUGGAUGGCGUCAGCAAUGCGACUCGCGCCGGGCCCGGACAGCGCAAUGACAGCUACUCAAGUGGGAAUAGCCGCCGCCCGAGUCCGCCGCCGAGCCACACCCGGAUGUACUCCGCCGCCUACAGCCCCAAGGACACACAGUCGCGUCGUGAUCGCUCAUCUACAGCGCUGCUCAACCCUGGGGGAGCUAGCACCCGAAGCAUGGGCAGUGCGGCCAGUGAUGAUGAGUUUGGCCUGCCGCCUGCCAGCAAAGCCCGCACCAGCCAACCCAUCCACCCUGACGACUUCGACUUUGACCUUGAAGCCCUCUCCGAUGAUGACCUCCCGCCGGCCGCUGGCGGUGCCUCCCGUCUGCGGCGCUCUCCUUCCCAUCCCUCCUCUCAUGCCGCCUCCCCCACAUGA